AUGUUCACCAUGCCUUGGACGGCGACGCGUGCUUUUCCCCACCCGCUAGCAAACAUCCAACGCAACAAGGACUUGGACCCGCAGGUGACCAACUGGCUGUCGUACGGUGUAGUUGAGUUGAUGACCUGGCAGGGCCUGGGCGAUGUCAUCAACAGCUGGCGAAGGAAAGAUCUUCAGCUCGCGCCGAUUCCCGCCAGUAUAGGGCCAGGCGUGACAACCUUCCUCAAGAUCCCGCACACAUACUGCUGGUCACCGGCGGUGGUACCCAAACCUGCAGAUUGGGGUCCAGAAAUCGACGUCUGUGGCUUCUUCAUGCGCAACGAACCAUCCUACAAGCCACCUGCUGACUUGGACGCCUUUCUCUCAGCCGGACCGCCCCCCUUGUAUGUCGGGUUUGGUAGUAUUGUUGUCGACGACCCGGGGCGUUUGACAGAUGUCAUUCUCGAGGCCGCUGGCAUCUGUGGCAUUCGUGUCAUCAUCUCGCGAGGAUGGAGCAAACUGGGAGAGGGCAAGUCAAACACAGAUAGCGUAUUCUGUCUUGGAGAUUGCCCACACGAGUGGCUGUUCAAACGUGUGUCAGCCGUGGUUCAUCAUGGAGGAGCUGGUACGACGGCCUGUGGCCUCAUCAACGCGAGACCAACGAUUGUCGUCCCGUUCUUUGGUGAUCAGCCGUUUUGGGGCCGAGUCAUUGCAAAGUCGGGCGCAGGGCCCUUGCCCAUACCACAAAAGGAGUUCCGUACGGAGCAGCUCGUAGAGGCCAUCCGAUACUGUCUCUCACCUGAAGCAAAUCAUGCGGUGCAAGAAGUAGCCAGCGCGAUGCAACAGGAACGAGGCGUUGAUACCGCCACGGAAUCCUUCCAUCGUAAUGUCCCAGCCAACUAUCUCGGCUGUGACCUUAUCUGUGGUCAGCGCGCAGCCUGGCUGCUCGAGAAACAGUCCAAAUCAGGCACCAAGCGGAUGAGACUUUCGAACCAAGCAGCGUUGUCUCUAAUCGAUGCGAAGAAGAUCAAGAUGGCCGACCUGAAGCCCCUGAGAACAAAAGAAUACGACACCGACGUGAAGCGAUGGGAUCCCAUCACCGGUGGUGCCUCCUCGUUCCUAGGUAUCGUUACUGACUUCACCGUCGCUUUGGGUGGUACCUUCAUCGAUCCGUGGAAGGAGUACAAGCGCUCCCGUGCGACGGGUCAUGAAGCCGGUCAAGCGAGUGGUGCCGCCGCAAUGGCCGUUGGCAAGGGAUUUGCCUCCAUGACUGGAGCGAUAGUCAAGGGCGGCCUCGUGAGCAUGCCUCUUGCUAUCGCAGAAGGUUUGCACAACACUCCGGGUUUGUACGGCGACAAGGUACGAGACAACGGCAAGGUGGAAGAUUGGAAGAGCGGAGGAGUUGUAGCCGCUAAGACCUUUGGGACCGGAUUCUAUGACGGAUUAACGGGUGUCUUCGCCGAUCCCUACAAAGGCGCGAAUGAAGGAGGUGCGCUCGGUCUAGCAAAGGGAGUGGCCACAGGAUCCGUCGGCCUCUUUCUCAAACCGGGAGCAGCAAUGUUCGGCCUCGUUGCCUACCCUGCCCAGGGAAUUCAUAAAUCUCUCAAAGCAAGGACCGGCCGUAGCCACGAAGUGUUGAAGGCGAAAACCGCGCUCCUGGACCACGACCAACGACAGAACAACGGGAACCCCCGCGACGGAAGCAAGGCCCUGCAGGUGUUCGACGCUUACUUUACGCAAUAG